AUGGCGAUGAGAUGGUUUGAUGGCCUCAAGCCAAACUCCAUAAACUCUUUUAAGCAACUGACACAAGCUUUCGGUUCUCGCUUCAUAACUAGCAGCAGAGUCCCUCGGCCCCUAGAAAGGGAGACCCCGAAGGCCUACUCAGACAGAUAUUGGGAAAUGUAUAAUGAGAUAAAGGGAAGUUACGAUGACGUCGCCAUUAGCACAUUUAAGAGGGGCCUGCCGAUAGAGUAUGGUUUGAGAAAGUCCUUAACUUGGAAACCGGUCAAUAACGUGCGCCAGCUCAUGGACAGAAUCGACAAGUACAAAAGAGUCGAAGAAGACCAACAGACGAGGAAGGGCAAAGCAAAGGUUGUCCCUCAAGAGAGGAGGGACUUCAGGUCGGACCGGUUUAACAAUAGUAAUCGGCCGAGAAGGGAUUACUCGGAGCAGUCUGGAUCCACAAGGGCACAGGCAGUCCACGCUGUGUUCCGAGAACCAUUACACAAGAUCCUAGAGAAAGUGAAGAACGAACCAUACUUUCAAUGGCCGAGCAGGAUGGCAGGCGAUCCCGCGAAACGUAACCAGAAUCUGUAUUGCGCGUAUCACCAAGAGACGGGCCACGCCACCGAUGAUUGCAGAAAUCUGAGAAACCACUUGGAUCGGCUAGUCCGAGAGGGGAAGUUGCGACACUUGCUGCAUCACCCUGUCGGAUGGCAACAGCAGUCGAACAUCGAAACAAGGCAAAGCACAUUGAGACCACCCAUCGGCACGAUAAAUGUUAUUCUCGCCGCACCAGGACGGACCGGCUCCCAUCCUUUUAGAGUAAUGUCGGUAGGCAGGCUCCCCUCUGAAGCUGACGACAGGGAGUCCAAGAGGGCUAGGGGGAUGGCCACGCCCCUAAUCGGAUUCUCGGAUGAGGACAAACUGGGAACCCUCCAACCCCACGAUGAUGCCCUAGUCGUCACGCUCAGGAUCGGUGGAUACGACGUGAAGAGGGUGCUAGUCGAUCAGGGCAGCGUCGUGGAAGUGAUGUAUCCCGACUUGUACAAGGGGUUGAAGCUGAAACCGGAGGACCUAACAGCAUACGAUUCCCCUUUAAUGAGUUUCGAGGGAAAAACCGUCACUCCGAAAGCCCUGGCCUCGGGUAGUGGGGGACCUGCCAAGGAAGCGAGUUGUGAGGAUUUGGAGAAAGUUCUUGUUGGCUCCGAACCGGAAAGAUUUUUUCAGGUCAGCUCAGAACUACCGCCCCAAGAGAAGGAAACACUAAUUGACUUCCUCAGACAGAAUGUGGACGUAUUUGCAUGGGACGCCUACGAGGCUCCGGGGGUCGAUCUAGAUUUCAUUUGCCACCACCUUAAUGUUAGCCCGGCCGUAACACCUAAGAAGCAGCCUCCUCGGCCACCGUCGAAAGAGCAUGCAGAGGCUGUGAAAUAG